CCCAGUACGUUGCUAGCAAAUUAGCAGGCUAGUGAGCUAAAUAGCUAAACCUACCUAGCUGGUUUCUUAGCUUAGCUUGUUUAACGACUGUAUUUGUACUUGUAUGGUAACUAACAAAUAGGUUUUGUCCUGUGGGGAGAUAAAUGUUAUUUAAUUAUUAUUAUUUAUUUCCUAAAAGGUAUUGUUAACUCCUAGAAGAGCUAAUGUUUUUUUGGACGACAGCUAACUCUUGAGGUAACAGUCUUUGCGCGCGGGUCAUUUAUUGAGAUGCUGCAGGUUUAGCAAACAUUAGCUGGUUGGUUUUAUAAAUUAUUGGUAAAAGUGUUGUUCGUUUAAAAAAAAUCUAGAAUAUUCAGUUUAAGUCGGCUUUACAUGGCUAGUAUGUAGUAUGUCGAGUUUGAUAGAAGUGUUAAAGGUGGAGAAUACGGUUGCAUGCCCGUCUUAGCCAUUUAUUAGAGUAGCUAUAAAUACAGCUGUCUGUGGUGUGUUAAUAUUUACUCUGGACUUUCACUUUUCCUUGCAUGUGUUUACUGUGUAGCUGGGCUCGGAGAUUGCUUUGGAGUGGCUUGUAAGCCAAACAGUUAGCAGGCUAACACACGACUGAAGCAGGCAGGCGUCUUCCUGGAGCACCUGUUAAUUACUCGACCUGCUGCUGAGCUGAUAUUCACAGAUAAACAGUGGGAUUUCUCAGAUUUCAGCUCUCAUUAGCGUCGCACCAACGUGAGCUUGCGGUAUAAUGUGGAUCUAGUGGUGAUGCUUGUAAGGAUUGAGAGAGAUUGUCAAGUUGAACAUGGCUCCCAAAAAAAGACCAGUCCCUUUAAUCAUAGGUGGUAGUGGAGAAGCUCAGAGCACAGCUUCAAAUCUAGGGGCUGCUUCAGAAGCUUAUCUUGAGACACUGCAGAAGAAACUAGAGGAGCUGGACUUGGACGAGCAGCAGAAGAAGCGUUUGGAAGCCUUCCUCACACAGAAAGCCAAAGUGGGAGAGCUGAAGGAUGAUGACUUUCAGCAGAUCUGUGAGCUGGGAGCAGGAAACGGUGGCGUGGUUCAUAAAGUCUGCCACAAGCCCUCUCGACUGAUCAUGGCCAGAAAGCUCAUUCAUCUUGAGAUCAAACCAGCAAUCAGGAACCAGAUCAUUAGAGAACUGCAAGUCCUUCAUGAAUGCAACUCUCCUUAUAUAGUGGGCUUUUAUGGUGCUUUCUACAGCGAUGGAGAGAUCAGUAUCUGUAUGGAGCACAUGGAUGGAGGUUCUCUGGAUCAAGUACUAAAAGAGGCUCGGCGAAUUCCAGAAGAAAUCCUGGGGAAAGUCAGUAUAGCUGUGUUAAGAGGUCUUGCUUACCUUCGAGAAAAACAUCAGAUCAUGCACAGAGAUGUCAAGCCAUCAAACAUACUGGUGAACUCAAGAGGGGAGAUUAAGCUGUGUGAUUUUGGAGUGAGCGGUCAGCUUAUCGACUCCAUGGCCAACUCUUUCGUAGGCACAAGGUCGUACAUGUCUCCUGAGAGACUGCAGGGGACUCAUUACUCAGUGCAAUCAGAUGUGUGGAGUAUGGGACUGUCUCUGGUGGAGCUCUCCAUCGGGCGCUACCCCAUCCCUCCCCCUGAUGCCAAGGAACUGGAGGCCAUUUUUGGCCGACCUGUAGCGGAGGGAGAAACACAGAGCACCUCCCCACGUCCCAGACCUCCAGGAAGGCCAGUCAGUGGACAUGGCCCUGUCAUGGCAAUAUUUGAGCUGCUGGAUUACAUAGUCAAUGAGCCUCCACCUAAACUGCCUCAUGGAGUCUUCACUGCAGAUUUCCAGGACUUUGUGAACAAAUGUCUAAUCAAAAAUCCUGCAGAUAGGGCAGACCUGAAGAUGCUGAUGAACCACACGUUUAUUAAACGCUCAGAAGUGGAAGAAGUCGACUUUGCAGGCUGGUUGUGUAAAACGAUGGGGUUCAACCAACCCAGCACACCCACCCGGACGACCGAAUAACUCACCGAACAGGAAAAAUGCUCCGUUUUCUUUCUUAAAGAACUGUUCCAGCAUGUUUUAACCUAAUAUCCGUCUACCAGAUCCGCAGCAUAUGAUUUGAUUACCACAGGCAAGAAUUUAAACACGUUUUCCAGUACAGAGAAACAAACUGAAAACAGUUCAAAGAAGAAUCCAGCCUGAACUACUUGCAUAUCAAAAUUGUAUAAUUAGCAUGUGAUCUUCAGUGGUGGCCAAGAUUUAUUAUAGAAUCAAAUUUAAAAAAAAAAUUUUUUUUUUUGGUGUCUUGGUAAACAUGCCCUCCCCCCCUUUAUAUUUUCGUUAACGCCAGUGGAAUUUAGCUCCUGCUUCAUCUUUAGUGAUGCAGCAGUGCUUUAAUCCUCUAGUCUGUCCACCUGUCUCACCUCCUCAUCUUUGUUCAAACAGAUCAGCUUCCAAAGCUUCAUCUUAAAGGAACAGUCCACCGUACUUCCAUAAUGAAA